CUCUCUCUCUCCCUUUCUCUCUCUCUCUCCUCUCUCGCUCUCUCUCUCUCACUCACACACACACUCACACACACACACAUGCCGACCCAGAAACAGGAGUGGUAAUAAGGGGAUUGGCGUGGUGUGUUGGCUCUCGGUGUGUCGAGGCAUUGAGGAUCAGACGGAGCAGAGCAGCAGGCAGUGUGAGACCAGCUCACCCAGGACCGAUUCUGCCACACAAUGGCCGACUUCUGGUGGUUGCCACGGGAUACAGGAUUUAACCUGAUCAUGUGAUCUGAACCCCUCCCAGUUCCCUGCAACUCAUCAUAGGGGGAUCAUGAUCCGACGUCUGAGCAGCUCCACCCAUUCCCACACUGAGGACUCAGUCUUCCUGAAGCCCGACGAGGACCCCGUCUGGCUGGAUGAACCCACAAAGACUGACAAACUAGGAGAUGGAGGCCUUCAACCAGAUGGUGCCACAGCACCGGUAGAGGGACCUCCAAGGGGUCAAGAUCCCCAGAGAGGAAAAGAGGAGCUGUUUAUGCACAAGGUGUAUGCACUGGUGAUUGAGAUCCACUGCUGGGCUGUCCUCUUUGGCCUCUCCCAAGUCACGGGUUACUGGAUGUUUUUUGUGCUGGAAGGAAAUGGGCCCCUCUCUUCCAUUUAUAAAGCCCUGCAGGUCAUAGACUUCUACCUGAGUUUUGUCUUACCCUGCAACCCAAUCUUUGGAAUGGAUUCCAUGGUGUUGAUGAUGGAGGUGGUGAACACAAAACAACACAAUUGGAUCCUCCAUGGAACAGCAGGUGUUGGCGUGGCCAUCUGUGUUAUCAUGGUAUUACACAUGGUGUACAGGUGGCGUUAUGGCUGUGGCUUGUGGUCAGGGACAACAGAUUACCGGGAUAACGGGGACAGGCGACAGUCCGUGAGCCGUCAGCCCUCCUUCACCCUGUCAGAGUGGACAGAUGCCCAGGAGGACCUGCUUGACCUUGACCCUGUACCCCAGACACCGGUCUUCGAUCUGGGCCCCGACACCAGGACAGAGGGAGAUGCUGCCACCCUCACUGUCACACCAGUGGGGCUUCAGGAGAGGAGGGGCUCCAAUGUGUCGCUGACCUUGGACAUGUGCACCCCGGGCUGCACAGAGCCUUAUGGCUAUGGAGCCCAGCUCUCACCAAGAGACCAGUCUGCACAGGAGUACCUCAGGCAGGCAACUCACACGCUGACCCCUGCCCUGCUCCACACACGGGCCAUGGAUGACCAAAGUCUGCAGGCUGAGUUCUAUGAAACUCCUAUGAACUUUGUGGACCCUAAAGAGUAUAACUACCCGGGACUGGUGAGGAAGAACCGCUACAAAACCAUUUUACCCAACACACACAGCAGGGUGGUCCUGAAGUCACCAGAUGAAGACGACUUCCUCACUACAUACAUCAAUGCUAACUACUUAAAAGGUUAUGGGGAUGAAGAGCGUGCGUACAUUGCCACCCAGGGCCCGACCGUUAACACAGUGGGAGACUUCUGGAGGAUGGUGUGGCAGGAAAAAAGUCCGAUCAUCGUAAUGAUCACCAACCUGGAGGAGAAGAAUGAGAAAUGUGCAGAGUACUGGCCUGAGGACACUGUGACCCACGAGGACAUUGAGAUUACUGUUGUCACGGUAACCCAGGAAGAUGACUACAGUCUGCGGGUGUUUACCCUGAAGUGUGGGAGAGAGGAGCGCCAACUGCGGCAGUACUGGUACACCUCCUGGCCUGAUCAGAAGACUCCAGACAAAGCCCCACCCCUUUUGGAGCUGGUACAGGAAGUGGAAAGAGCCAGAGAAGAAGCCCCUCCCUUUAGUGGCCCUGUCAUUGUCCACUGCAGUGCUGGAAUUGGUCGAACAGGCUGCUUUAUUGCCACGUCUAUCCUGUGUAAACAGAUGAGGACCGAGGGUGUGGUCGACAUCCUGAGAACCACCUGUCAGCUCCGUCUGGACAGGGGUGGGAUGAUCCAGACAUGCGAACAGUACCAGUUUGUGCAUCACGUCCUCAGCCUGUACGAGAAACAGCUGUCUCACACUGCUGAGGAGUGAAGCGAGAGCGACAGCGAGAUCCAUACCGAGACACACCACUGUACACAAUACCACGACUAGUGGUAUGCACCACUGUACCUAGCAUCAUCUCAAUCUCACCCUUUAACAAGUUCAACCCGCAUUAACCCCCAACAACCAAGGCACGCUCACUCAGACGGGACUGAAUGGGCAUGCUCAAAACCUGUGCUUACUGUAUGUCUUUGUGCAGAACUGUUCUCGGGAUGUUUUCAAAUCUUAAGGAGCCAUGGUAGUGCCAUUGAUCCCCCUCCACCUGGAUAAUCAAUCAGGCCUCGAAACUGUACCUGUCCCACCCUUCCUGACAUUAUUUCAUAUGAACCACCAAAGUAUGUUUCACAGAGGUUUCACAUUACUGUAUAUGAGUCUCAAGUCAGCGAGGUGUCCAAGGUAACAUGACACAUAGUUGAUUUAUCAAGUGGUUAUUGUCAAACUGCAGUCUUUCCACAUCCUCCACAUGGGGUCCCUACCUAUGUAUGCCCUGUGAGGAGGAGUGGUAAGCUCAGAGUCUGUCUGAAUCAUUUAACUAACAGAACAGAACAAAUACCAGCCUAACAUUGAACCCUAUUUUAAGUCAUUUUCAUACUGAAGGACAACGUUGCUUUAAAUAAGUACCGCCAUCUAGCUUUGUCUCAUUGACAAAAGGAUACUUCCCCUAAUGGUAAUUUCCAUAAUGUGUGUAAACAAAACACAAAACAAAACAAACACAAAAUGCUACAACAGGCCAAUCUCAAGUCUUGGAUGUAUUCAGGAGCCACCUCAUUUUCAGGUUGCAUGGUGCUAAGUGUUCAUUAAAGGCAUGUACAAUGUUAUGGAACAUAGAGGAAUGUAUAACAAUUAGUUUAUUGGUUAAUUGAUUAACUAAUUAGGCACUCUGUGCAGUCUCAAGUAUUACAGUACUAUCAUGAUGUCUGUGCUCUUGGCCCAUGCUAAUGUUUAUUCAAAACCAACUCCUGCUUCGGGGCCAUCUAGACUUAUGCUCGGAGGCGUCACAGAGCCAUUGAGGCUUGGGUGGAGGGUCAUUGUCCACAAAUCGAAUCAGAACUUUUGAAACAUCAGCGCAAAAAUCAGUUUGAGGUCAAGGUUUGCAGUGGGCAAACCCCAAUAGGAAAUGUAAUCCGGAGGAAAGAGCCACUGCAAUAGACUUCCUGAAGAAUACCCCUGCACAGUAGGUGACAACGAAGGAUCGUUGUAUGACAAAGAACUCAACCUUAGAAGAAGUUAAGGUGCAUACAUUGCAAUCCUGGUCAUCACUGUCCUUCUCAGAACCGUUAGCUCUGUGACGCCUCAGCUUUCAACAGUAGCCUGAACACAUGCGUGAAGUGAGAAGUUCAUGAUUGUUGUAAAGAUACUAUAGGCCAAGCCUAAUCCGUAUGAAGCACAAUAGACCAACUAAGGUUGGUUGUCUCUCUGAUGUUCAGCUGUCAAAGUUUUUUUCCCCCCCUGUAUUGUGUUUUGACUGUGUUGAGUUUAAUGGAUUGCAUGUGCUGUAUGGGACUCCAUAGGUCCACAAUCAAAGCGACGUGAUUGGUUGUCCUGCUUUCUGUUGUGUGAAGAGUUUAGCCUAUUAUAUUGCUCGCUCUCGGCCAAUGCUUUUGAUACAGUUUGCUUUUUGUGAAACCAACCAGAGAUAUUUUUAGAACAUUUUGAUACAAUCCUUUCGAGUAGAUGCCUUGUGUAUAUUUCCGUUUACACCACAAUGGAAUGUAGCUCAUACUGUGGAUCAAACCAUUAGUUUAUAUUGCAAAAUUUGACAGAACAAAUUGUGAUAACUACCUAAGUUACCUUACUAUAUGGAGAAGAAAAAACAGAUUAUGUUCGGUCUUCAGUAUUAUUACUUUUAAUGCCGCCUUCAGGCUUUGCUUUAAUAUGCUUUGCUUUCUGUGUUUGUUUUUAAUCUUGUUUUCUUGGAGAAUUUUACCUCAGACUGAGUUUUUAUGCAGUCCCGCUCUAUUUAAUCUGUGACUCUUGGCCACUCUCAGUUGACAACGUGAGAAAUAAUUGCUACAGGUAAGGCAGCUAAAACAGUGAUGACAGUUUUGUAUGUAAAAAGAAAUCAUGCUCAAAACACAUUUAAUGUUGAUGGGACACAUCAGCUCAACUGUAAUGUACAUUAUCAGAGGAUAGGCUUCAGUCUUUUUUGGUUUGCACCAAAUCAUAAACAUGAAAAAAAAAACAACUAAAAGAUCCCACAGAAAGAGAAAAAAGGGGGACCGGGAAUGGGAACUGGAUAAGGGGAAAGAGUGUAGGUAAUCUAACAAUGCCAUCCUCUGCUAAUGUCCAGUGUACCAGAAUGAAAAGCUUUAUUUUGAGCAAUUUUUUCUGUGCUGACCAGGUUUUCUUCUGAUGAUCAAAAUGGGGAUGACAAAAUAACUAGUCAGACCAUCAACCAGCAACCAGUAUUCCUCUCCUCUGCUACAGUAUCGCGUUAAGUUGUGAAUUUUGCA